AUGUCUAUCAAACUCUUCUACCUUUCAGGGGAGCCUAGCUCUACUGCGAGAGAAAUUGAACUGGAAGCCACACUAGACUACGAUGGGCUCAGGCACCUCAUUGCUGCACACUUCGCUAUAGUGGAACCGAACGGAAUCGGAUUCCAGUCCCAGGAUGCGAUCUUAUCCGAUGUCGCGGAGGUCCUUGCAAACGAGGAUCCCAUUAGCAUUACGAUUGAUGGUAAACCUGUGCGAGAGAUUCCCGGUCCUAAAGGACUUCCAAUCGUUGGCAAUUUCUUCGAAAUCUAUCCCGACCACCUAGGAAACCAUCAGCGCUUGUUUGAACAGUAUGGACCUAUAAUCAAGACAACGAACAUGGGACGUACGGUCUACCAAACCAACGAUCCACAAUUGUCAUCUAUCAUUUUUUCAGAAACCGAUUUCUUCACCAAGAAGAUCAACGAAGCUCACCCGCUUCAUGCGAUUAAGAACCAACAAGCCGGUGUGUUCCUAGGGGAUACUGACACUCCGGAGUGGAGAGCGGCACAUAAGUUCCUUCCCCCAGCAUUGGGCCCCAAGGCUGUUCGACAUUAUGCCCCUACAAUGCAACAGACAGUUGAAGAUGCGUUCAAAGUAUUCGAUCAUUUUGAUGAGAACGGCGAGGCUUGGAACGUCUACCAAUAUAUGCUUAAACUUGGAUCUCAAGCGGUUGGAAAGCUUGUGCUCGGCAUUGAUUUCAAUCAUUUCUCCUCUCCUGAUGCACCUCCUCACGAACUCAUUCAGAUCAUCGCGGAGUCACUGUCUUUGAAUAAGAAGGUAACCGCAAGGGGUGAUUGGUAUGCGAAACUGCCGUUUGGCGAUCCGCAGCGGUUGAGAAACAUGCGCUAUCGUAUUUUCGACAUCGUGGACCAGUCGAUCCAGAAUGCCAGUCGUGGUGGAGUCGAAGAUCUUCCCCUUCAAGACGCUGCCCUGAAGGCCUCUAACAUGAUCGACUAUGCCGUUCGAGCCACCGACAACAAGGGUGAAAAGUUGCCCAAAACAAGCCUGAUCCAGUCCUUGGUUGUCGCGACCGGGGCUGGUUUUACUACCACUAGCUCAUUAUUGUCUUGGUUGAUAUACAGUCUUGUUACGUACCCAGGUGUUCAGGACCGCUUACUGCAAGAGCUGAUCGACAACGAUAUUACCGAAGAUACCCAGAUAACAGCAGACUUGACCGACCGGUUAACAUUCAUGGAUAAAGUGAUCAAAGAAACUCAACGUCGCCAUAACCCAUCUUAUCAGCCCGCACGGACCGCGAAGGUUGACAUGAUCUUACCUGGGGGUUACAAGCUACCUGAGGAAUCUGUGGUAGUCGGUGCUCUUCACCACCUUCACAAUAACCCAGAAGUCUGGAGCAACCCAGCCCGAUUCGACCCUGACCGAUGGGACACAGAAGAGGUCAAGAACCGACACAAAGCCGCCUAUAUCCCCUUUGCUACUGGUCCACGUAUGUGCAUUGGCUUCAACUUUGCGCUACAAGAAGUCAAGGUAUUUUUGCCGAAGCUAGUAUACCGUUACAAGUUCAUAAAGGAGAACGAUGGGCCGAUUGAGUACGACCCUAUGUUCCAACUGAUCCGGCCUAAUAACUUGUACGUGCGCGCCGAACGGCGUGUAAAAUGGCCUCCCAAGUCGGAGUUUGCUGCCACAAGGGCUUCACUUUAAUUCGUGGAAUUGUUGUUGUUUGCUAUCUGGUUUUACUGGACUUCGAGCUUAUGGAGCGUUACUGUAAAUAGACCAACCUUAGAUAUCUAGAUAUAGAGAAAAGGUGAUUC